UUAUUGGAUCGCAUCAAAGCCACACGAGCUGUAUAAAUACAGAGCGAGAGACAGAGACAGUCCCACUCACAGAAGUCACAGAUCAGGAUCCCUAAGGUGUCCUUAUUCUGCUCAUCAUGAGGGUCUUUGCUGUCAUCUUUGCGCUGGCUGUCCUGUCAGGCUGCCAUGCCAAAAGUAUGUUUCUGGAGGACAACCCAACCACCUGGGAGGUCACCGUCGACAAGUUCCGUGAUUAUUUCACAGACCUGAACACGAGGGCCGACGGCAUGGUGAAAGACAUCCAGAGCUCCCAGAUCAGCCGAGAGCUGGACACCCUGAUCCAGGACAGCAUGUCUGAACUCUCCAUGUACAAAGACGACCUGCAGACCAAGCUGGCCCCCUACACACAGGAGGCCGGGGAGCGUCUGGCCAAAGACCUGCAGAAGCUGGGCAACAAACUGCGCGAUCACAUGACCGAGGCCCGGGACCAGAUGGAGAAGUACGGCAUGGAGCUGCAGACCAUGAUGGAGCAGAAUGCCGAUGACGUCAGGGUCCGGGUCAACGCCUACACCCGCAAGAUGAAGAAACGCCUCGGCAAGGACACCGAGGAGAUCAAGAGACAUGUUUCAGACUACCUGGAAGAGCUUCAGACCCGCACAUCAGACAACAUGGAGGACCUGCGGGUUCGUUUCGACCCUUUUGUGGCUCAGGUGCGUGACAACACCCAGGCUAAGAUCACCACCCUGAACGAUCUGCUGAGCUCGCAGGUGGAGAACCUGAAGGAAAAGAUGCAGACGGCAGCCGAGGACAUCAAGGAGCGCAUGGGUGACACGAUGGAGGAGCUGAACACCUGGUUCCAGCCUUUCGUCAACAUGUUCAAUGGCAACAUGUAAAACCUCUAAAGUCACAGCCUGGACUGUUUAUCCAAACUUUCUGCAUCCAAACCACCUCUGUAAAAGUUUGAAGGAUUCAUAAAGAUACUCAGUCUUGACUUGUCUCUGUCACUGAAGAUUGUCAAAUAAAAAAACAGCUGCUCA